AUGGUGGCAGAUUAUCUGGCGGACUCUCGAGUCAUUGUCAAGAACAAGGACAAGUUGGAUUUCGAUGCAUCUAUGGAGCCCCGCUUUCUGAUCAAGAUGGUACUUGCCGAUGUCGGUCCCAAGGAUCCCACUAGUCGUCAACGGGGCAAGGCUGGAUACAGGGGAAAGAUCAAGUUGACUACGAUGGACGAGAUCAAGGACUACCUCAAUCCGGACCGAUGGAAAUCGACUGCAACUGUUGAUGUGCAAACUCAAGGAGCUCCUACUUUGUCGUUUCAACCACCUCGGCUGACGUCCACUGUUGGCGGUCUGUGCUCUCAUCUUACUGGGAUCUGCAACGUCGUCCAAACCCCGGCGAAGUCGCUCGACUCUAGCCACAUUGUCAACUUGACGCUAUCAAUAUCCUCCGCAUCGAUCUCAGCCAGGCGCCCCUUCUUCUCCUUCGACCUCCUCAAGCCCAACGUUCCCAAUGUCACUGUGCCACAGAAGGUGAUAUCGCAACCGACACUGAGGCUUCGACGCUGGAUGGAGGAAGAGAAAAAGAUUGUUCCCAAAUGUGGUGAACAUUCCAUCUCGGAUCCUGAAUUUGGAUUGCUCCCAUUUCGCGGUGAAGGUGCGAGCAUUAUCAAGUAUCUCGAAGAGUUGGAGCAGGCGCAAGAACCACAGGAUGACUUUUACAACGGCAACAAUAUCCUCUACAAACGUCAUGCAUGGGAUGCAGGGUGCGACAGGCAGGAGGAAUUCAGGACAAUGGCCAACCGUCUGUUGAAUGCCAUCGGAGGAUCGGUGGGCGCAAAGAGGAAGGAGAAGAAUAUGGUGGCGAUCGGAAUUGGUCUCGGCCAACAUCGAGAUUCCCAGGGCGCCGAGGCGCUUUUCUGGGCCAAACGACGACUGACCACCAGACCGCAUCCCAGCUGCACAGGCGACCCAACAUGA